UUGACUGAACUUUGACAGUUCGACACAAAGUUUUGAUCUGGUUUGUUGACAAAAAUUAUCAAAAAUUGGUAAUAAUUUGUUGAUGGAUAGCUUAGAUUUUAAGUAAUUAGAAACUAUAAGAACAUCAAACAAUUACGAAAAAGGAAUAAUAAUGUGGAUAUUUGGAUAUGGCUCACUCGUGUGGAAGGCAGAUUUUAAGUUUGAAUACAAGGUAGUAGGUUACAUAAAAGGUUAUUUACGGCGAUUUUACCAACACAGCAUCGAUCAUCGAGGUGUACCUGAGAAACCAGGCAGAGUGGUGACCCUAAUACAAAGUAGUGACACAAAUAGUAAGGUAUGGGGCGUAGCUUAUAAAAUAAGAUCUGAAGAUGCAGCGCAAGUAUCCAAACACUUGGACUUUAGAGAGAAGAACGGAUACAGCAAGAGAACUGUCACAUUCCAUCCUAAAGAUAAUAAUAUAGAACCAUUCCAGCUAACUUUGUAUGUGGCAACGGAAGAUAAUGAAUCUUAUGCAGGUGAAGCAUCAAUAGAAGAGAUAGCAAAACAGGUGCUAAGUUGCCAGGGUCCAAGUGGAACCAACAAGGAGUAUGUAUACAAUUUAGCAGCCGCCAUGAGGGAAUUAGCACCCGACGUUGAAGAUGAUCACCUGUUCUCUUUGGAAGCAGCUGUGCGGAGACUGGAUACAGAUACCAAAAAGACUUGAGUGUGAUAUUUUUUUAGUUAUUAGUUUAGAUCAAUUUUUGCUGUGAGCUUAGCUUUGGUUUAGUACAGUAGUGUAGAUUGUAGAGUGUAGUUUUAUUAUACACUUGGGAGCAAAGAAACGGAGCCACUAGCGUCUUUUGUUUCAUUUUCUUCUUCUCUUGUAUGUAAAAAUGAAUUUCUGUUCGUUAGUCUCGCUAAAACUCGAAAACGGCUAGACCGAUUUGGCAAAUUUUGGUUUUGAAUUAUUUGUGGAAGUCCAGGGAAGGUUUAAAAGGUGAGAAAAGUUAUUGAGGUAGUAGGAAGUUUGCCUGUGUCAGAUAGUUUCUCUAAAUAUAUUCUGAUACAAGUAUUUCAUUAAGUAGUAACAUAAUAUUAUGUUGUAUGAUAGAUAAUUUAAUUACCAUUACAAUUAGAGUAUAUUGUUGUAAAUCAUUAUUUUUAAGUUCUUUAAAAUGAAACGUAAGGUAGUGGCUCCAAUUUUUUGCUUUCAAGUGUAUUUAUGUUUUCCUAAAUGAUGCUGAAACUGAGCUUAUUUUAAAAAUGUUAACAUAUCUUGAUUAUUAUUCAGAACACAAAAUGCUGUACACCAUUUAUUCUAAUACAUUUUCCCACAAACUAUAGAUGAUAUAAGUAUUUUAGUGGCCUCUAAAAGAUUCUAAAAUUGGAUCUAUUUUGAUAGACAUUGUGCUAAAUCUAAUAUUUUUUUAAGUUUGUAUGAUAAGAUUUAGUGCUUGUUCUAAGUAAUUUUUGAUAGGUAUGGAAAGAUGAAGAUAAUGAUUGACAACAUAUAAAAUACAAUGAUCUUAUAAAAUACAUGGACGAAUAAUCAGCAAAUAUUUUAUGUGGUUCUAAAUAUGUAUUUAUUAUAAUUUAAUCUGUUACCUAUGUAUUGUAUUUUUUAAUGUUGAAUGUUAUUGUAGUGCAAUUAAUUUUAUGUCAGUAGUGGUUUAAGAAAUUAGUGUAAAGUCGAAACUAUUAUUUAUUUUACUAACAUUUGACUACCUCUUCAGAGAAAAUCGUUUACUCGUCGUUACUUUUAAAAGUCUCAAAUUACGCGGUACUUUGAAAUUUAGCCAAGUGAUUGGUGAUUCGUAGUUAUUGGAGAUUAUUGAUUUUGUAGAUGACUUUGUAGAUGACCUGUAAAACAGCUUUAAAAGAGGGAGCAAAUAUACAUAUACAAGGAACUUUUUGUGUUGGAUAGUCCAUUUAUUGAAGGAGGCUAUAGGCUAUAAAGUAUUACGCUACGAUAAAAAGGAGCUAGUGUUUGAUGCUAUUUGUAACUUAGUUACCCAAAAAGGGCUGAACGGCAUUGGAUAAAUUUUGGCAUGUAAAAGAUGCGAGUGAAACUUUGGAUCGGUCAUAUCGCUAUGUUAAAGACAGAACAGCCUUAAUAAUUUUAGCGCCUAUUGCAUUUCUUAAAAGGCAUAUAUUCUGUUGAUGUUAUUGCUAUUCCUAAUUUACCUAUGAAUGUAAUCAUGGAAUUAUUCUUAAUACUUCUCUUUUAAGACUUAUGAUAUAUAAUAGUAUUUUUGCAAAACAAUGUUAUAAAUAUUUUUAUCACACCGUGUGUUCUGCGCUUCGCGUUCCAUGCGCGCCUCAAAGAGCCAUCAGACCACCACAGUUGGGACCCAGUAGAGCUUAUGCCCGAUCCCGAGCUGCGGAUAUCUUAACGGAUUACCGGGGCUCCGGCUUAAAGCAGGAGUAGGAACGGAGUAUUUUGGCUUUGACACUCUCUCUCGGCACACCCAACGUAGAAGUCAUUAGAUGAUUUUCCCACUCCUAAAAAAAGGUAUUUUCACGCCAUUUGUUUUUGGCUUAGACGCACAACAAUAUAAAUUAAUGAUUAUUUUUGUUUUUAAAUACAUAUAUAUCUAUUUUUAUGAUUGAAAUUAUAAACGGAAAUAAAUGAUUAAUUAUUUAUGUGUGCAUCAUGCGUGUAUUUCAUAUAUGUAAUAUUUAAUGUGAGAUAUGCCACUACUUCACAGUGCGUGUUGAGUACUAAUAUAUAUUUUUUGUAAACUUAUCGCAAGUGAAACCAGGUUUCGUAAGUCAUUGAACUAUAAUUUAUAAUAUUUUAAUUGAUGUUGUAUAUCUAUACUUAUUAUUAUACAAAAGUUCAACUGCUAUUUAAAUCUUUUUAUCAAUUUAUACUAUCAUCAGCCUCAGCCUGCAUAGUCUAUCUAAUAAAAACAAAAUAUGCUAUUUUUUUACUUAUUUAAAAGUGAUAAUCUCAGUAGCAUCUUAUGUAUGUAUUUUACUAUCACGCUAAUACUAAAAAUGAUUUUUUGUUUGGAUGUUUGUCCAUCAAUCACGCUGAAACUACUGAACGGAUUUUGAUGAAAUUUGGUAUACAGACAAGGCAUGAGCUAACUUGGUUGAUAUGAUACUUUUAUUCCACGGGAACCGCCGGCAGAAGCUAGUAAUUGUAUAUUUAAAAAAUAUUUAUCGCAUUUGUGUCUUGAAAAAGAUAUUGAAUACUUAGAAACAUGCUACUACAUUAUUAUUUACAAUGUACGUGUGUUGUGUUCAUGUAUGUUAUGUACUUUGCCCUAUAUAUAGAUUUAUCCUUUUAAGUAUUUCCAAUUUGAAGGAAGAUAUUCUACAUAAAUAAUACUAUUUGUACAACAGAAGUUGUUUCCUCAUAAAAUAAUUGCCUACCUUACCUACCUACUAAUAUAAGUAACAAGUUAUUUUAAGGUAAUAUUUAUUAUGUAAUAUUAUAUUUCUACAUUAUAACAUUUUAAAGUUAUGUAUUGUAUUAGUGUAUGACUAUUGUAAAUUGAAAUGUCUUGCGAAUCGCCCACAACAUGUUUCGACAAAAAGUUGUCAUUGAAUUCGUCUCAGUCACGCAAAAUAAAGUACAAUGUAACAUAACAAUGAUAGAAUGUCGGUCAAAAUGUAUGUUUACUGCAUUUUUCGUACAUUCUAGUUCAGAUUUCAUAACAAACUAUUGUUUAUUAGCCAAUCGAGUGAUUCUAAAUGAUACUGGCAGUUCAGUAAAGAGAAUAAUACUAAAUUCAUUUAAAUUUCGAAUCAGUGUUCUUUUUUAAAUGUCAAUUGUUUUUAUUCUUAUUAUUUUUUAUUUCCAUAUCUAGUAAAUGGCUUGCAGGUUUUUAAUAUAUGAAUACUUUUUAAGUAAAUACUUAAGCUCUGUGAUAUUUUAACUAAUAAUUUAUAGCUUCUGAAAUAUAAUUUCAAGCAAA